UCGAGUGAGGACACGGCGUGAGAACUGGGGACCAACACAUUUUUAAACCUUUGACGCAACGCAAUGUUUUAGGGAAUUCUGUUGCGACACAUGCCUUGGAUUUACCACAAUGGAAGAUAUCCACGAAUUGUUCGAGGAAUAAAUCAUGUGAUAUUUGCUCUCUGGAUGCGAUAAAUGAAGAAUUUCAUGGUUCAAAGGACUUGUUCAAACACUUUCCAUUCCAUGGCAAUAUGAUAUGGAAACCUUAUCGAAUGGAAUGAGAGAUCUCGAACGUGCUUGGACUCAGACAUUCAUACAUCCGUACAAGCAGUCGUGGAGUAAUUCGACAGUGUUGAUGUGAUAGAGUGAUUAUAGCCUGCUACUGAAUCUCAAGAGAUACUUUCAGAGACAAACUGUUAACUCUUGGACUUGUUCUUAGACUUUCUUCGUUUCUUCCUGGUGAAGAGCGUAUUUGACAGUGGCAGAAAAUGGCUGUGUCAGACCUAAAUUAGGCGUUAUCUCUGAAAUUUGAUAUGUUAAAAGGAGGGUAUGUCAAGACUGGAGUUGAGGUUAAGAGGUUCGGUCCAUGUUCUUUAACUUAGUUACGUGUGUGAAGUGGGUUAUCUCUACGGAAAACGGAGUAGGUGCAUUCCAGACGUGCCAGUCUGAACAGCGGCUUUGAUGUAGUGACCGUGCUGUGAAGCAUAAGGGCUUUCUUAUCACGAGGAUGUACCUCUGGAGAAGUUCUAACCUGAAUGUUAGUUGUCUUGUUUUGGCUGAUGUUGCCUAACACUGAUUCUGAUUCCAUUCGUGGAUAACAUACAUGAAGGACCUUCCUUGAGUUGUGCUGUUGUACAUUUAUGAUAUCCGACUUGGAUUAUCAGUAGGAUUAUCUAAGAAAGUGUUUAAUCAGUCUGUGUGAGGUUAGUUCAUGAUAACACUAACUUGCCUGAGCGAUCUUGAUACAAGAUUGGAAAUUAUCAAUCUACACAUGAAAGGAUUAUUUCAGACACUUUAUAAACAUAGACUUGGAACUAAAAAGUAGCCACACUAAUGGAAUAUCCAUGUUUCAUGUCAACAGAGAGCCAAAGUGCCAGACGAGGCAUUUUUUACUUCUCAUUGGAUAUGACUAAGUAAUUCCAUAGCAGAUUGUAAUGUGGUGUAAUAUGUCAUGUCAGAUGUGAUUUCGUAGCUUGUCAGUCUCAAGCAAUGCUUUUCAGUAGCUACUGAUCGACCAAACUUUCAAAUGAAAUCCUGCGUUUGGGACCAACGUGUUACUCCAGUAGUGGUCAAGUGCUUGGGAACUGUUGACGUCCAGCGAUGUACUUCAGCGUAACUGGGAGUAUGAUGGCGAAGGUGAAGAGUGAGGGGAAUCUAUUGGAGAUGGCAACAGAUGUCUACUGGAGUCCGAGUGAAGAGACUAUAGGAGGUGGGAACCUCACUAAUGACAACCGUAACAUCUCAGAUAGGUGGAGUAUGAAUAGGAGUGGGUACAAUACCAAUGGUGGGUACAACACCCAGAGUGGAUCCAGUACUGAACGGGGUGGACUAUGUACAAUGAGGAGUGAUUGCAGGACACCCACUGAAUUCAGUGACUAUGGAACUCUAAAAAGUGAAAGGAGUGCAGACUAUGGUACCACGAGUGAUUAUGGUACCAUGAGGAGUGACAAAAGCUUCUACAGUGUAAACAGUGGUUCCAUGAGAAGUGGAGGUCCCUCCAGCAUUGUCCAAACGGAAUAUAGCCAAAUGAGGGGAGAUCGCAGGACACCUACUGAUUUCAGUGAUUAUGGAACUUUGCAGAGUGAUAAAAGUUCAUACAGUACAAAACGUGACAGUAGAACUGGAUGUCUAUCUAGUGCAACCCAAAAGCCAUGUAGUGCUUACAGAGGUGACUGUAGGACUCCUACUGACUUCAGUGACUAUGGCACUCUCAAAAGUGAAAGGAGUACUGACUUUAGUGAUUAUGGUACCCUACAGAGCGACAAGAGUUAUGACGGUAGAAAACCUGGGCUCAGUAGAUCUGGGGGUCACUCCAGUGUGACUGAAAGAGGAUUUAGUGCGGUGAGAAGUGACCUAAGUACCCCAAGUGAGUUCAGUGCAGCAAAUGGUUAUGACACUCUCAGGAGUGACAAGAGUGGAUUCAGUACAAAACAAGUGUUCAAUAAACCUAGUGCUGUAUCAUCCAAGGACAACUCCAGGCAGGUUAGGAGGGUACAUAAUCCAAAUAAGCGUGAUCGUAGUAAACCCGGCAAAGUUGGUACGACUGGUGAUGGUUCAGAAAGUGAUGAUGGUGGAUUUGGUACUCACACUCACAGAAAUGUGCGCAGUGGAAGGAGAGGUGACGCCACCAUGAAAGGUGAUGCCACCAUCAAAGGUGAUGCCACCAUCAAAGGUGAUGCCACCAUCAAAGGUGAUGCCACCAUCAAAGGUGAUGCGAGUGGGUUUAGUUCCAUGGAUCAUGGCUCCAGUACAGCAGGUAUUGGUGGUCCUCGCAAAAGUGUCAGUAGGCCUGCUGUGCUUGAUAGCAAUGGUAACAAGCAGUUUGAGGGAAACCUCGGGAGGGAAAGUCGAAAUGCCUCCAGAGCUGAUCCAAGUAGAAGAAGAAGCCGCAGUUGUGGAAGGGUAACACAGAAAUCCGUUCUUCGCGGGAAGAGGGAUCUGAGGCAGGACUACAGUCCAUUGAGAGACAGUGUGAGUAAAGCCAAGGUCGAGUCAAGUCAACUGAGGGUUGAUUCCAGUGCAUUUAGGGACACAUCUAGUGCCUUUAGAGAGAAUUCCAGUGCAGGGGUGGAGCCCAGAAGACUGAAGAAUAGUGCUGGGGCUGUAGGAGACAAUGCCAGUUCAUCAAAGGGCGACUCCCGUAGGUUGAGGAACAGUCCCAGUGCUUUGAGCUCUGGUUCCAGUAGAUUGAGGGAUAAUUCCAGUGCAAUGAAGGACAAGUCUAGUACAUGGAGGGAUAGUUGUAGGGAUAGUAGCAAUACAGUGAAAACUGCUCCCAGUACAACUUGGAGUACAAGUAAUUCCAGCCAGAAUAAGGCCAAUGCUACACCUAGUGCUACGCGAGGGGAUUUGGUGUACAAUACUUUGACAGGUGACUCUGUAAGUUACAAGGAUUUCAGGAAAAUCAAGGGGCACUCUGCCAACAGGGACAAUAGCAAUGCUGACGGUGCUCCCUUGGGAACUGAGGGUAACUCUGGAAUGGGUAACCCGGCUGUUGAAAGAGGUCACCCCAGUGGCACUACUGAUGGAGGCAUGGCUGUAGAGACUGCUGGCACCAAGGUCAGCUCAAGUACUGAUAAAUCAUCUGGUGCUUGGAGUGUUUCAAGUGCAAGGCACGUUCUCCCUGUCACUGAGGACAACAACUACAGCCCUCUUAAGAGUGGUAUGGGAAUGGUACGCAGUGGUAAGGGGGCCAUUUGGGAUGAUUACAGGCAAGACUCAAGCAAAUCUCUAAAUGACAUCUUCGAUGCGGUCCUCAGCACUAAAGGUGAACCAAGGGGCAUUGCUGCUGGCAUUGUCAGUGAUGAUAAUAACCAUGGUGUCAGGAGGCAUUCGGAUGCUGUUGGGGCCUUUCGGCAUGUGACUGGAGCUGUCAGGACUCAAGUUCCCCAUGCCAGGAGUACGGCUUCUGUCUUGGAUAACGAUGAAUAUUACAAUACAAGUCCUAGGAUUCAUUACAGUUCUUACGGAGGCAGCACUAGAUCUCUCGUCACAGACACUGACAAUUGCAGUACUAUUGUUGGCAGCCCUAGGUAUGUUACAGGUUGCCCUCGGAAUAGGUUAAGUUCUUAUGGAAGUAGCAGUGGUUUUAUCACCACAGAUGAUUGCAGUACUAUUGUGGGUAGCCCCAGAAUGAGACGAAAUGCUUUUGGAGGGAGCGCCGAUUCUCUAGUGGUUGACAAUCGAAGCUCUGUUGAGAGCUACUCAAACAACCGGUAUGAUGCCUUUGGAAACCGUGCUGGGUUUUCCUUUGAUAAUCAUGAUCAGGGCAACUAUGUUAGGAAUAUGACUCAAGCAGCGCAGAGUGGCUAUACUGUCGGGAGUAUAGUUUCCCCCAGGGACAAUAGAUGGAGCACUUUUGGCGGUAGUGCUGAUUCUCUUCAAGUCGAUGUGAAUGAUGGCCAUGCUGCUCAUAGCGAUGCACAAAUUGGCUACAAUAUUGUAAAAGAUGGCACCAAAUCUGUGUUUAGUGACAGUGAAAACGUCCGCACUAUUUUAAGUGACUCUGAUAGUGACUGUAGCACUAUGGUAGACGCUGGUUCAAUAUUUAGAGACAGUGCAAAUAUCUCUGAGAUCAUCUCAACCCCCAAAUAUCUUGGUGCUUUUGAGGGCGUGUGCAAUACAGCCACUGGCAAUGCUGGUUCUCAUAUCAGCUACAGCAAUGUAACCAGUAGUAACUAUGGUACCAUGAACAGUGCCUACUCUAGUUCUUGCUGUGUUCCAUCAUAUGACCUCAGUACACCAACUGACGUCAACUCGAAUGAUAUUACAAGUAGUGACUACGAUACUUGGAACUGUUCUUCACAUGCUCAUGGUACCUUAUCCUCACGGAUUAGGACCACAACCAGCCGUUGGAAUACUUCAUCAUUUGCCUGCACAGACUUAUUGGGUCAGAAUAGCAACUCAACAUCUACGAAUGCCACAUUGUUGAAUGACAGCUUUGAAUCUGGUGUAACUGAAUGCACCCCACGGUUGUAUGAUUAUCAAAGUGAUGAUGAGUCUCUCUCGCCAUGCCAUGGAAAGUCACUAUACUCUGUGGUUGGUUUUGGUGGUCUGGAUGGAUAUGCCAGUGAUUACAGCAUUCGAACAGUCUCAUCCGGUAGCGACCGUGGCACCGCACGGCUCAGCUAUGGCCCUGGCUUCAACGCCGGGAGCCGUGACCCGAGCUCCGAGAGUAUGCAGUCCCUCAUGAGUAUUGGGAGUACUGUGUCGAGUAUCAGUCCUGGGAGUACGAUAUCGCAGAGACCACACUCUAUUACAAAGCGGGAACAGCAGAUAGAAUACUUUCGCCAGCUCAUCUCCACGGCGACAGGUCAGAUUGAGGAGCUGUUCGGAAAGCGGAAGUCUUCCAUUCGACGGUCAGCCAGGGCGAGCAUGCUCAGAGGGAACUACAAACCACCGAGACCUCCCACCAUCAACCUCACCCCAAUCAACUUUGAGAUUCCACACCACGAGCGGUACCCCUUGUUUGUUGGUCGGGAGUGGGUGUUCAGAGAUAUAGAUAAGAUUUUGAACCAGGAAGAUUCAUCGAAUAGCCAGGGUGUGAUCAUCAUGGGAGGUGUGGGAUUCGGCAAGUCGGCCAUCGUGGAACAACUGGUGGCUUACAGCUGCUUUGGAGAUGGCAAUACAGGCCUCGUAGAAAAUAUUUCAGAAUUAAACCACAACGGAAAAGGCCGGCCGGCAUCAAGCCACAUGGAGCUGUCUGCUUCGAAUAUGAUGUUGAACCAGCAAGGAAGCCUGUCCAAUUCGACGCUGAGCCUUGCUAUUACCUACGAUUAUCUCAAGGGCCUAGCAUCACAAAUCGUCUCCUACCACUACUGUCAGGCGGACCUCAAUCAGACCUGUAUGGUACCGGAUUUCGUUCACAGUCUCUCCGCACGUCUAGUCUUAGCUCCACAGUUGAUACCGUACCGGGAUAUGCUUGUACAAGACCCAAACCUACAGACUUGUCUUUGUAUGAAAGAGUGUGUGCGCAACCCAUCAGAGGCGUUCAUCAGUGGCGUAUUGCAGCCAUUGAAUGCGUUAACGAAGGCAGGAAAGUUAGGGAUGGAUACGUGUAUCAUCUUAAUUGACUCACUGAACGAGGCCGAAUUUCACAAGCCAGAUUAUGGUGACACUGUUGCCUCAUUUUUAGCGGCGCAUAUAACUCAUUUUCCAACGUGGUUGAAAAUGGUAUGCACCGUGCGUUCAGUCUUGCAUGACAUCACCAAGCCGUUGCCAUUCACACGGAUUAGUCUCGAUCACAUCGCUUCCAAUGAACUCUUACUGAAAGACUUGCACGAGUAUGUCAACUACCGUGUCAAUAACAGUCAAAACCUUCGCAAUAACAUCGCAUUGAACGGAAAGUUAGAAACGGCCACUCAAUACAAGUUCUCCUCCCACCUCACUAACUUAAGCCAGGGAUGUUUCCUUUACUGCAAAAUGACGCUGGACUUAAUCGAGCGUGGAAACUUAGUCAUGAAGAGUACCAACUAUAAGAUACUCCCUGUGAACCUAGCUGAAGUGUUUCUCUUGAUGUUCAACCUGAAGUUCCCGAGUGUUCGAUCGUUUGAGAAGGUCUGCCCGAUUCUGAACACUUGCCUCGCCUCGCUCUACCCUCUGACGGCCACCGAGAUAUUCGAGGCGGUGAACAGCGGAUACCUCGACCGGUUUCUGUCGUGGGACGAGUUUGUACAGCGGUUAGAGACGAUCAAAGUGUUCCUCCACCAGCGUCAGGAUACGUCGUUCAUGUACUUCCAUCCGGCCUUCAGGGAGUGGCUGAUUCGCCGAGACGAAACAGAGAGUUUGAAGUUCUUGUGCGACCUUAGGAACACUGAUUUUGACUAUAGGAAUGGCCAUGCCCUGUUGGCAUUCAAACUGACCAGGAUCAACGCGCCUCUCAACCCAGACAAGACUGUCGAACUCGGCCACCACAUCUUGAAGGCUCACAUCUAUAAGAACAUCAGCAAGCAGAUGGGUUACUCCUCGCGGGAUCAGCAGGCUUUCUGGAUGUUCCUCAGCUCAAACAGUCUCAGCGCUGCAUUGAUAUCGCACCGCAAUUUGUUCUCACCAAAUGUCAAGGUCAGCCGCCUGAUGCUCCUGUCAGGUGCCAACCCAAACACCCAGACAGACUUCUACCAGAAAGCGCCCACACUCUGCGUCGCCGCCAAAGAAGGUUUCACUGACAUGGUGGCACUACUGUUGGAAUUCAACGCGUGGGUUGACGGGACUGGGGAGGAUGGUAAGACUGCUCUAUGUUACGCUGCGGCCUGUGGACACAUGGAUAUUAUGCACAUGUUGGUCUCUAGACGAGCAAAGGUAACUCACACCGACACCAAUGGUCAGUGCCCCCUGGUGCUAGCGGCACUCAACGGACACCUGGAAGCCGUCAAAUUCUUGCUGCAAUGUGAUUGGACGAGCCGUGAUAGUCGCUUGAACAAGAACGAAGCAUUGCAACAGGCGUUGGUCGCGGCUGCUGCCUCAGGCCACAAACAUAUCUUGGAGUUCCUUUUGAAUCUUCAAGACCUCGGUAGUGAAGGGACAGCUGUCAACAAGGUGGACUCCCUCCAUGGAGAGACGGCUCUCACUGCAGCAUGUUUCAACGGACACUCUGAUGUCAUCAAGAUGCUGUUAGAACGCCAAGCUGACAUCCAGCACCCGAAUGGAAAGACAGUCCCACCGUUGCUCUGCGCUGUGAAAGGUGGACAUUGGGAGGUUGUCGAUUUCAUGCUGAAUGCCGGAGCAGAUAUCGAGCAGACGGAUAAACAUGGUCGCACGUCGUUAAUGAUCGCUGGUAGUGAGGGUCACAUCGGUGUGCUGGAGUUACUACUUUCAAAAGGUGCUUUAUCAACAGCUGUGGACCGUGAAGGUCUAAGCGCCCUCUGCUGGGCAUGUCUGAAAGGACACUUCAUGUGCGUACAGACGUUGAUCGAUCGCGGUUCUGCCAUUGACCACCAGGAUAAGAAUGGGCGUAGUCCGCUGGAUCUGGCUGCCUUCUAUGGAGAUGCACAAGUGGUGCAGUAUCUAAUCGACCAUGGUGCUAACAUUGAACACACAGACUUCAAUGGAAUGCGUCCCCUUGACCGCGCCAUUGGCUGCAGGAAUACAAGUGUUGUCAUCUGUUUCUUGAAGAAAGGUGCCAAACUCGGCCCGGCAACUUGGGCGAUGGCUGCUGGCAAGGCGGACAUUCUGAUUCUAUUGCUCAACAAACUCAUGGAGGACGGGAAUAUACUCUACAAGAAAAACCGCCUGAAAGAAGCCGCUCACCGCUACAUGUACGCCCUGAAGAAGUUCCCCACAGAAUGCGGAGCAGAGGACUCGAAGACGUUCAAGGACCUAAAGAUCAACCUGAUGCUGAACCUGUCCCGCUGCAAGAGGAAGCUCGGAGACGUCCCUGGCGCCAUUGAUCUCGCCAGCAAGGUGUUGGACUUACGACCACAGUCAUAUGAAGCUUUCUAUGCACGAGCCAGGGCCAAGCGUGAUGACAGGAAGUACACUGAAGCCAUUGACGACCUGAUGGAAGCACUGAAGCUGGCGCCUAGCAACCGUGAACUUCGUCGUCUGCUUGCUCGCAUCAAGGAAGAAUGUAAACAACAUGCCAAACUCGAGAAAGCUGCAUCACUCGGAUCGAUCACCGAAGUCGGAUUGAAGACGGAUACGGAGAAAGAUGACUUGCCGUUACCACCUGCGCCAGAACCAGAACCAGAGAUCAUCGUCCCAGUCGACUCUAAAGGCCUGCCCCUGCCACCACCACCACCACCUCCUCCUUUUGAGGACAACCCGAACAAACGAGAAGAGACUGCGUUAUGAUGACACCGUGGAUUAUUUAGAGACUUUGUGUGACACAUUGUGUUGGAUAUGACUGCUUACUUGUGGAGCCUGUCACGUCUGUUCAUGAGGACCGAUCUAUUUUGUUCAGAGGGAACCAGUCUUUUAGAUUGGAUUGGUAUGAAGUUGGACCGGUCGAUAACAUGAAUUCUGUUUGUUUAGUUUAAACCCAGUCUUUCUGAAUAAGGCUCGAGUCUCAACUGAUUGGACAAAGUCUGUACCAAGUUUAUAUAUUGUCGAUACGAUUUGGUGUAUUAAACCAAGCGUUGAAUUAUAAUUGAACACCAGAGACUAAGCAAAAUCUACAACCAAGUCAAUGUUUUAAGUUGCCAUAUUAGAGAUUGUGCUGAUUUGAAAUCAUAAUCUUUUUUCAAAAUUGUUUGAAGAGGUAUUUCAGACAUGUAUGAUGAAAUGUGCUGUUAGGUGAUUGUAAGCCUCAAUACUUCCCUGGCUGUCUGGAAACGCAAUGCAUCGUAUUCAUGACAUCGACAUCAUUGCAAUAACAAAAAUGUAUGCAAAAUGUGAUGGUAUUCAGCAAAAUAUUUCCCACUGGUUCUGGGGAGUUAUAGUUAAGACACUUUAUGAAAGUCAAGGAAGGAUUCAGCUUGUGGACCGUUGUUACUCUUGCUUGUGUUCUUAUUCAAAUGGAAUAUCUGAACUAAAAAGAAGCAAAGAAAUCUUGCGGCUGGAGGUUGGGUUUGUUUAUGUUGGGGUUAAAUGAUCAUAUUAUCGUGAUAGGUUUAUGAUGACACUCUCCUCAGAAAGGGGCCUGUAAUCCCAUAUUAAGAUUAUGUGUAUAUUGGUUUGUAAGUUCAAAGUUAGUAUGCUUAAUUAUUUGAUAAUUAUUAACUAUAAGUUAUUAUUAUCUGGCGGGGGGG